GCAAAUGCAGAUUUACCGGUCAUGGUACCGAACAAUGUCAGAACUCGUUCAUUUAGCAUAGAAGAGCUGAGGACAGUGACACAGAAUUUCAGCCAAGAGAUCGGAAAAGGAGGUUUUGGAACUGUCUUCUAUGGCAAGUUACUGGAUGGAAAAGAAAUUGCUGUAAAAGCGCUAUCCUCUUCAUCGAAGCAAGGAGUAUUAGAGUUCUUAAAUGAGAUUGAUCUUCUCUCAAGAGUGAGUCACAAGAACUUGGUGUGGUUGCUUGGCUACUGCAACUCCUCCAAGGAGCUUAUGCUUGUUUACGAAUAUGUGGGUGGAGGAUCACUUAGGGAUCACCUUCAUGGUUCUUUGGCAAACUCCUCUGCCCUAGACUGGAAAGCUAGGAUUCGAGUAGCUCUAGAUGCAGCAGAAGGUUUGGAAUAUAUGCAUUCGAGGUCCAGACCGAAAAUCAUUCACAGAGAUGUGAAGAGAUCAAACAUUCUCCUAGACUUGAAUAUGAAGGCAAAAAUCGCAGAUUUUGGGCUUUCAAAAAUUCUUCAAGAUGAUUGGAUCUCUCACGUGACUACCACAAUUAAAGGAACCAUGGGAUACCUGGAUCCAGAGUAGAGAUACUUAUGCCCUCGAUUUUUUUUCCUUUUUCGGUUGCAAAUAGCAAUACAAAUUAACCCAGCUAUUUGAAACUUUGAAUUGAUACAAGCGCUGCUUACUCAAAGAUUAUUGUAACUUUCCUUGAUUGAUUGAAGGUAUUUCAGUAACAAUAAGUUGACAGAGAAAAGUGAUGUGUAUAGCUUUGGAGUGGUCUUGUUAGAGAUUAUAUGUGGGAGAACACCAAUCGAAGAUGCAGUUUGUGAAGAAGAAGUCAACCUUGUGAGAUGGGUAAGAUUUAAUUUUAACCAUCAUUAGAAAUUUCCAUAUACUUGAUCGUUUUGAUUUGUCGCACUUUGUAUUUUAGAUAAACUGACAAUAUUCAUUUUCAUGAUAGGUAAUGCUCCAUGCAGAGGCAAACAAAGACAUCCCUUCUCGCUUGACCAACAUCAUAGAUAAGAGGUUGUCUUUGGUCGAAAAGGAGAUGCAAAGUUUCAAAUGUGUUGUUAAUCUUGCAUUGCAAUGUGUGGAUAGAGAAGGAUCCAAGAGACCCACCAUGAAUGAGAUAGUGGCAGGGAUAAGAGUGGCUAUGCCUUAUAUCGAGCCUAAAGAUCUAGACAUAAAUGCUGAAAAAUCUGUGGAUGCCUUGCCAACAGAGGAAUAUGGUUCAGCUGAUUGUAGCAGCAGCCUCCGUCAAGCUGGCAGAUGACAUAAAUAUUCAGCUAAACCAUUCAUGAGAUUGCUCAACAAUUCAAUGAAUAUAUGGUAUGUUAUUGGUAAAUUUAGUGACUUCAAUUUCUGCUCUAUUAUUUGUUUAUAACUUUGGCCAUGCCAUCCUACGACAAUCCAGGUAUCAAUUGCCCCAAUCUAACGUAGAGAUGUCACCUUGGAGCACAUCCGGAAAAUGUUGUUCAUCUGAUUGCCAUCUUCAAUGCAAUUGUCGAAAGCCAUCUAUAAUAGGGUUAAUGUCAGUUGCCAUUGCGUAGUCUAUAUUGUACUGGAGAGACUGAAG